AACAAUGGUUAAAGAAAAGAAACAAUUCAAUAUUGGCGAUUUGGUAUUUGCCAAAGUCAAGGGAUAUCCCGCUUGGCCAGCAAAGAUUACCAGAUACAACAACAAAAAGUAUAAUGUAUACUUUUAUGGAACGGGUGAGACGGCCAAUAUUAAAUUGGAAGAUCUAUUCCAAUACAAGGAGAACAAGGAGAAAUUUGCCACCGAUAAGAAUAUGAAACGUAAUAAUUUUCGUGAGGCAAUGGAACAAAUUGAGGCUGCCCUCAAUGGCGAAGACUCGGCGCCAAUUGAUUUACCAGCCGUAGUUGCUGCUGCGGCCGGCAAUGUGGAUACAACAAUUGACUCAUCACAAUUGGAGGGACAAUUUGAUAAUACCAUGGAUGAAAGUGCAGCCGCUGUAAAUGAUACUACCGUGGGCGGAGGUGUGGAUGAUUCACAAAUGGAGGAAGCCAAAGAAGAGGAUGAACCUGUUGCUAAGGACAAAGAAGAAACAAGUGCUGCUGAAACAACUGCAACAGUGCCUGAGAGUGAAGUUGUCAGUCGCAGUGGACGUAAAAUUAAAUUAAAACGUUAUAUUGAUGAUGAUGUUGAUGCCGGAGGAAUUUCACAUGCACCAGCUGCCAAAAAGAAGGUUCCAGCCGAAGGAAUAGCCGCCCAUGAAACCAAAACAAAAUCGGACAAAAAGAAUUCAUCGAGUGCUAAACCUGUAGCAACUAUUACACCUACGGUUAAAAAUUCUUCGGGUAAAAAUGAAUUUCUUAACAACCUACUAUUGGCCUUUGUACCACCGGCCAAGUGUGUUGGCAUUAAAUUGGACUAUCAGAAACCGGAAACAUUCGAAACACCCGAAGAAAAAGAAAAAUGGGAAGAGAAUGCCCUCAAGGAAGCCGAAGAACUUAAAACUAAACUUGAAAUGGGUACUAUCAAAUUAGAUUCCGUUUGGGAUCGUGUCGUGGUGAAUCCAUCACGUAGCAAAAUACAUCCCGAUGCUGUUAAUCGUUUCACCAGUCAAUUGAUCGAACAGGAAGAUGCUCUGAUUAUUGAACGGGAUUUCAUACAGCUAUCAGCACAGUUGCGAGAAUGUUUGGGUUUGAAGCGGGCCGAUGUUGAUCGCUGUUUGAAAAUCAUUAAACAAUAUAAAGAAUUCCAAUUGACCAAGGUCAUGUUGUUGCGCAAUCCCGAUUGUGUUGAUAGUAUACGUCGCAUGCGCCGCUAUAUUGGCAAUUUGAAGUUGUGGAAUCUGAGCGAAGAGGAGGAGGCUGAUUUCAAGGCUAAAGCUGAGAUUAUACGUUCGGAGGCCGUUUUGAUUUAUAAUAAUUUCAAGAAAAUAUUCGGUCCCAGCACAUCAACCCACUUCUGGGAGGAAUUCUAUAAUCAGGCGCAAGCCUAUGCUGAGAACACCAAGCAUAUGAAUAAUCGUAUAAUCCUAAGCGAGGAACAUUACAAGACAUUGUCGGGCAAUAAGAAUUCGACGAAAAGUUCCAAAAGUAAAGGAAAAAAGACAGAUGUAAAAUCGGAACAAGACGACGAAAUACCAUCAACUGAUGCCGAUGAUGCGACAAAACAAGAGCAGCACGAAGAGGAGGAGGAUGGAGAGGCAACAACAAAGGCAAUUGAUGUAGAUGAGAAUCAUCAUACCACAACAACAACAGCAGCCGUAGAAGCCAAUUGA